GGCUUGUCGGGAGUACUUUAGACAAGCAAAGGGAGCAAAAUGGCGGACGAGGAUAUUACGCUUGAUGGACAACCUUUACAAUCGCUCCGUGUCGCGGAUUUGAAAGCCGCGCUGGAGCAUAGAAACCUCCCCAAGAGCGGAGCAAAAAACAAACUCAUUCAGCGACUGAAAGGGGUGCUCAUGCUGGAGAACCUGCAAAAGUCAUCUUCCUCUCACAGUGAGCGGCAGCCUAACUCUCAGAUUGGUGAAGAGAUGAGCCAGAAUAGCAUCAUAAAACAGUACCUGGCCAAGCAACAGGAACUUCUCCGCCAAAGGAUGGAGAGUGAGGCCCAGCGAGAGGACGAGAAAACUGAAAGUCCAGCUGUAGCAGAUGAUGAAGACCACUCAGACAAUGACAGCUACUCCUCUGUCUCUAACAUGAAACACCCCAUGCCGCCCCAGCAGCCACUCAACAGGACAGAACAGAUAGCUGGAGGUGGAUCUCUGAUGGGUGAGGGCAUGAUGUUUAACCAGGAGACCCCUGAGGCUCCAGGAGCGAAGAGUCAGAGGGCCACUUUUCCUCAGGGACACAAGGAGCCACCAGCCCCUUCACCUCCACGUGCUGUGGCCUCCUUGUCGGUGCGGGUCCUGGGCCAGCCUGACCGCCAGGGCCUACCCCCUGCUGUGUCCAGAGGCCAGGAGAAAGAGGGAGUGGCGCCCAGAGAGCCCGGAUCAGCUCACCCUGUUCUUCACCUAAGCCGAUCUGCUGGUGUGGCAUCCGGCGAUCAUGUCCACGAGGACAGUGAUGAAGAUGAUGACAGUGAUAGUGAGGACGAUGAUGAUUGGAGGCCUGGUACCGGUGAGGCACGAAAAGACAACCGAGCCCCUCCACAGCCUCCGCAGAUGCCCAGUGUGCCUUCUGCUGCCGCAAGAUCCAAACGUAAGCUUCAGCUUCCGCAGCACAUCCCACCACCACAGCCACACCAGAACCUGAUGCAACUACGCCACCCAACACCUCCUCCCUCGCCACCUCCGGACCUGUUUCGCCUCCCGGAUACUCCCAAGCAAAGCCCGCCAGACACCGACGACAAGGAGGGAGAAAGCUCAGAAGCCGCACAGGCUCUCCCACCUCCCGCCUGGCAGAGGCAAGACUCCGAUUCAAGCUCCCGUUCCAGCAGUCCCGAGCCCCUCGCACAGCGCAGGCCGGGCCCCCUCUCAAUGCUGGUGCACAAGAUGGAGUCAGAAGAGGCAGGGUCUGCCACCUCUGCAGGUACCAGUCAGUCUGUGCUCCAGAUGCAGCAAGAGAAGAUGGAGGUUGAAAGCAAACAGCAGCAAGAGGAGGUCAAAGAAAGGGUGACAACUGAGCUUGACAAGGGGAAACAGGCAGACAACUUCACGACUGCUCCGACCGAAACUCGAGAUGCAGGCUCCUCAUCUGACACAGACUCACAAUCGGACUCCUCUUCAAGCUCCUCAUCAUCAUCACCACCAGUGAGGGUUCAAUCUCACCGUGCGAGGCAGCUCAAGAAAGCUGACCAAGGACAAGAAGAAAAUGAUGAGACAAAGGGGAAGGGUUCACAGAAGGGUCGCCUCCUAAAAAGAGAGGUGUCCGAGCCCAGCCUGGCUGCGGUGUCAGAGGCUGACCCAGACUUGGAGAUCCCUGUGGCCCAGCAGCUGGCAUCGGGGGCUGAGGAAGUCAACAUCGAGGACCACCCAGAGGAGAGCACCACUCCAAAGGCUUUUGCUGCUCGUAAAAUCUCUUUGACCAACAGCAAGACUUUCCCCAGCACUACAACCGAUGGAGGAGGGGGAGACCCCGACGCCGUAGCUGUGGCAGGGAGGAAGAGACGUUGGGGCUCCAGCACAGCAGUCACUUCCAAGAAGCCAUCCAUCAGCAUCACUACUGACUCACUCAAGUCUUUAAUCCCAGAUAUCAAAGUAGCUCAGGAGGCCGUGGUUGACUUGCUGCACCCAGAGGAGUUGCAGAUGUCCGGGGAUGAGGACAACCAAGACAGUGGCCAGGGUGACCAGGACAAAGGCCUCAAGAUUCGUCGCACGGUCACACAAGUGGUCCCAGGGGACAACCAGGAGAAUGGGCAGGGAGAUAUGAAAGAGGAGGAGGAGGGAGAGAUAGCUGAGCAAGAAACGCAGCACAUGACCCCCACAGACAAAUCUAAGAAAAGACUUUCUGAUGAGACGUGUGAUAAGCCUGAUGCUGAGCCAAAGAAAGUUUCCCCCAGUGACAGUUUGGUACGUCGCUCCAUCAGUCAACAGAGGUCUGGAGUGUCUGUCACUAUAGACGACCCUGUACGAUCCACUAGGCAGCCCUCACCGCCACGCGGCAAACUCUCCAACAUCAUCCAUGUGACCAACUUGGUCCGGCCGUUCACUUUGGGCCAACUCAAAGAGCUGCUAAACCAAACUGGCAACGUGGUGGAGGAAGGCUUCUGGAUUGACAAAAUCAAGUCACACUGCUAUGUCACAUAUGCUACGACAGAAGAGGCAGUGGCCACCAGAGCUGCUCUGCAUGGAGUCAAAUGGCCUCAGAGCAAUCCCAAAGUGCUUAGUGUGGAUUUCUGUGAACAGGAUGAGGUGGACUUUCACAAAGGUAUCCUGAAGCCAAAUCAAGAGGAGCACCAAUUGCCUCAGCUGGCCCCUCCCCAGAUCCGGCUGCCCCCUCUCAUGCCCGAACGAGACAAGGAAAAGGAGCGAGAUCGUGAGCGAGGAGCGACAGGCGUGCGGGACCUGUGGGCCGAGCGCCAACGUGAAAUGGAGCGUCGAGAACGGGCUCGCGGGGAGCGUGAGUGGGACCGCGACAAGAUUCGGGAAUUUGCAAAGCCGGGAGAGGCGGAGCGACGCUCCAGGUCCCGUGACAGAGAGCGGAGGAGACGGGAGAGGGCAAAGAGUAAGGAGAGGAGGACUGAGAAGAAGGCAGAGAAGGGAGAAGAGGCUCCUGCAAAGCUCCUAGACGACUUGUUCCUCAAGACCAAAGCAGCGCCUUGUAUAUACUGGCUCCCCCUCACUGAAGAACAGGCUGUGCAGAGGCUGCUGGAGCGUGGCGAGCGCCAAAAGGAGCGUGAGCGACGGCUCAAGGAGAAAAAGGAAGAAGAGGAAAAAAGGCGGGAAGAGGAGAGGAAGGAGAGGCUAAAAGCCCGGGAGAAAGAAGGUGGCAGCGCCAUGACGAGCAGCAGGGGAGCAAGCGGGCGAGGAGCCGAUGCCGACCGAGACAAGGAACGAGGCUGGAGCGCAGACGGGGAGAGGAGGAGGGAAGGCGAUCGUCGUCCCGGGCGACCCACGGCAGGAACCACAGCUGGGUGGCGAUCUCGUAGCCGGAGCGACACCAGAGACAGGCGCCGCUGAAGGGGGACGCCUCACAAGCUGCUCACUUUAAUUGUCCCCUUUAGUCCGCUUCCUGUUGAAGUGUUUCAUUGUCUCCCCACUGGAGGGCAGACUCCCCCUUCAUAUGUUGUGCUUUUAACUGGCAUCUGUUGAAGAAAGAUGGAGGGGGGGCAGUGUUCUCUUGAGGUUUGGGAGGCUGCAUUUUUUUUCUUUUUUUCUUUCCCCUCAAAGUUCUGUGGUUCUGCAGUUUAUUCCUCCCAUAAAGUCCAAAAUAGAUAUCCUGUCCUCAGAUCAGUUUUAGUGUUUCACUCACUUUCAGAUUAGCGAGGGUUGUUUUAUUUUAUCGUAUUUUUCCUUUUUACAUUUUAACACAGCUUUACGGGCUGCUGUAUUGUGAAAGCAAACAAACCACGGUCUAAACACAAGUGUAAUUUAGCAAGGUGUGAUGGAAAGUCAUUUCUAUGCUGGAUGUGAUCAUCCCCAUGAAUGGACUCACCUGUUAAUCAUAUCUAUAUUCAAAUGGUUUGUCUUCUAAUAGAAUUCCAUUUUAUUAACAUUUUAUUCUUAGUUGAUUUUUUUCGUCCUUCCUGCAAGUACUGAAUGUAUUGCAAGUUCCAUAAAAGAAAUUAAUAAAUGUAAAAUGAUG